GGGGGGGGGUUUCCUUAGUCAUGGUGGCUCACGACGAGCUCGGGGGGCUGCUCCCCAUCAAACGGACUAUCCGGGUGAUCGACGCGCAGAACCAAUCCUUCCGGGAGCAGGAGGAGCCAAGCAAUAAACGGGUCCGGCCUCUAGCACGGGUCACAUCCCUGGCAAACUUGAUCUCUCCUGUAAGAAAUGGUGCAGUUCGGCGCUUUGGGCAGACCAUCCAGUCAUUUGCCCUUCGUGGUGACAGCAAGUCUCCUGGCUGUGCCCAGAAGUCAUGUAGCAGAUCUGCUGCUCCUACUCCUCCUAAGAGAAGAAACAGUGUGCUUUGGUCUGAGAUGUUAGAUGUCAACAUGAAAGAGUCCCUGAGCACCAAAGAAAUCAAGCGCCAGGAGGCAAUAUAUGAAAUGUCCAGAGGAGAGCAGGACCUCAUUGAAGACCUGAAGCUUGCCAGAAAGGCCUAUCAUGACCCCAUGCUGAAACUCUCCAUCAUGUCUGAGGAGGAGCUCACCCACAUAUUUGGGGACUUGGAUUCUUAUAUUCCUCUCCAUGAAGACUUAUUGGCAAGUUUGGGAGAAGCAACAAAACCAGAUGGAACAGUGGAGCAGAUUGGGCCCAUUCUGGUGAAGUGGUUACCACGGCUCCAUGCCUACAAAGGUUACUGUAGCAAUCAGCUGGCAGCCAAAGCACUUCUGGAUCAGAAGAAGCAGGACAGGAGGGUGCAGGACUUCCUUCAGCGCUGCCUGGAGUCUCCUUUCAGCCGCAAGUUGGACCUCUGGAGCUUCUUGGACAUUCCUCGAAGUCGGCUGGUCAAAUAUCCACUGCUCCUGAAAGAGAUCCUCAGACACACUCCCAAAGACCACCCUGAUAUCCAGAUUCUGGAAGAAGCCAUAUCUAUAAUCCAAGGAGUCCUCUCUGACAUCAACCUGAAGAAGGGGGAGUCAGAGUGCCAGUAUUACAUUGACAAGCUGGAAUACCUGGAUGAGAAGCAGAAGGACCCCAGGAUUGAAGGCAGCAAAGCUUUACUGUGCCAUGGGGAGCUGAAGAAUAAAAAUGGACAUAAACUCUACGUCUUCCUCUUCCAAGACAUCCUGGUUUUGACCCGGCCCGUCACUCGCAACGAACGUCAGGCCUACCAAGUGUACAGGCAACCCAUCCCUGUGCAGGAGCUGCUUCUGGAGGACCUUCAGGAUGGUGAUGUGAAAAUGGGAGGUUCCUUUCGAGGAGCUUUUGGCAAUUCUGACAAAGCUAAAAACAUCUUCCGAGUUCGUUUCCAAGACCCUUCUCCAGGCCAAUCCCACACCCUGCAGGCCAACGAUGUCUUCCACAAGCAGCAGUGGGUCAACUGCAUCCGAACAGCCAUCGCUCCCUUCCAGCGCGGCGCCGCCGCCGUCGAGCUGAAGGAGCUGCCGGAGCUGAGUGAGGAGUCGGAGGAGAACAACCCCUCUGUGCCCAACACCACCACCACCACGAAGAGGCAGUCUGCCACCUCUGGUGUCACUGAGAUGGAGCUGGAUGAAAACAUCUCCGAAUGUGGCUCCAUCUUGGACUCGGAGGAAUCCAAGGGUGUGAAAAGUCACAGAACAUCAUCUGGGCACCGGAAAACGCGGGAGAAGCAGCUGAGCGGGAAGCGGAAAGAAACACUGGUGUGAAGAGGAGCCCAGCAGAGCAACCUCCUGGUGAAAGACUCUUUAUUUAUAAAUAACGUGUACAUUUUUUCUUGUAAUGUGAGCAUGGUCGGGGUCACUCUACUGAACAGAAUAUUUGGGUUUUGUUUUUUUUCUGUUGUAAUGGCAGCUACUGGUAUGCAGUUAACACUGUUGAACUGGAGUCUGUUUUUACAAACACGGCCACUUGGAACCUGGUUUUAGUGCUGUGAGACCUUUGGAAGCCCUGGUGCUUCCAACUGCUCCCAGCAGCUUUGAAGAGCACAUUUGGGUUCCUGAAAGAUUUCCACGGUGUUUGAGGCU